UUUUGCGCGCGAAACUCGAUAAUCGUUUUGACGCGUGUGUUCUAUAAGGCAAAGGUCUCUAAGUACAUUUUUGUGCUGUGUUAUGUGAUUUUUGGUUGUAAAUUACAUUGAAGAUUUAUAUUAAUUAUUUCCCGCACAAUGACUUCAACAAAACAGAUGCUUCUACCGAUUCUGAUGGUGUCACUCUUCAACUUGGUGACGUCAGCUGGCGAUGAGUACCUUCCUCCAGUGAAGGGUUAUAACUAUGAUCGACCGAAAAUACCUUUCCCUACCAUAAAUCAAGUGAACAGACAGCCAACACCACAGCCCCAGCCGCGCCCCACUCUCCCUCCUCAACGACCAACCCUCGCCCCUCAGAGACCCACCUACAUACCACCAGGACCGACACAGCGGCCGACACCAACUCCACAUCAGCACCACGACAACCCUGAUCAUCACCAUCACGAUGAUCAACACGACCAUCACCAUCACCACGAGCCUGGCAUGCCGUUUGACUUUGCGUAUGCUGUCAACGAGGACGGCAAUGACUACAGCCAUAACGCAAUCUCCGAUGGUGACAUAACCCGAGGAGAAUACCGCGUGGCUCUUCCUGAUGGUCGGACGCAGGUGGUCAAAUAUACCGCAGACUGGAAGAACGGGUUCAACGCACAGGUAUCAUAUGAAGGCGAAGCGACAUACCCUGAUCAGCCCAACUUUGGCAGUGGAUCUGGCAACCAGGGAUAUAAAACGAAGAACCAAGCGGGCGGCUAUGUUUAUUAAAUGUUGGAACUGGCUUGGAUCAUUUGAUAUUAUUUAAAAGAAUAAUCGUUUUGUAUCGUAGAUAGAUGAUGAACAAUAGAUGCAUCACUAAAAUAACAAUAAUAAUGUGAAAGAGACACAUACAUUGGAUGGAUAUUGAAAGUAAGCGAGAUAGAAUAUCUGCUAUACCUUUCGUGUAUGCAAAUGUUUUUGUUUGGACCCAGAUCAUCGGCUCCCAACAAACAAUGGCUGCCGUGGUACAUUACUAUUUAAUUUAAAUUCUAAUUGAAUAAAUUUUAAUUGAUAAUACGUAAUUGAGUAAUUUGGUGUGAAUUCAGGUAUUAUUAAAAUAUGGGACGCUGUUGUCUAUUACGUUGUACAAGUCGUCCAGAACGAAAACAUGACAACUAACACGUCGCAGACUAUUCACAAAUAGCAGAUCAUUUACAAACGCUGACAACGAAUCUACUGUUCAUGUUCUAUCUACAUUUCGCAUUGGCUUUGAUAAUUUUUUAUUAUAUAGAUAUUGGAAGAAGAAUCGAACCAUACUAAAAAACGGAAUCUCCACUUUAAUUAUCACAUUUUUUUUUAUAUUUUGAUCUAGCAACUUUAAAAUUUGCCCUUUUUUUGUAUCAUAUUAUAUGCCUCAUUUAGUGAUGAAAAGACCUGUAAAAUGAUAUUGUGUUCAGAUAGUAGGUAUUAAGAUAUGAAGGUAAUAUUUUCAGGGGCCAAUACUUUUUUCCAUGUUACACCAUAUUUGUUAAAGCUAAAACACUGCCAGUUGUAAUCGUAGUUUAUAUUUAAGUUAGCAUGAAGUUUCCUGAGCGACUAUAAAUACUCAACAUAUAUAAUAUAUGUAUAAGAAAUUAAAGCGCAAAUAACUACAUAAUAUUAUGUUCAACCUGUCGGUGAAGCCAUUUUUAUGUUUAUAUUAAUUUAAAAAUGAAAAUAGAAUAAAAGAAUAUAGUCUGUGAAUAAUUGAUGAAAUGUAAAUAUUGUUUAAUAGAAGGAUUUGUUAAUACAUAUUAAUUGUACAAAUAAUGAAUGAAUUACGGGAUAUUGAAUAUGACAGCUUUUACAAAUAUUAUGGACGACAUUGUUUUAGUGAUGUGAUACAAUUUUAUCCAUAAGUACCUAAAUGAAAAAGAUAGUAUAAUGAAAAUCGAUUUGCUUAAUCUAAAAUACCAAGAGAGUUGUAUUUCAAAAUGAUACUUAUGAAAAUGAAUAUAAUCAUCUACAUUUUUAUAUAAAUGAAAAUGCAGGUUAACUGUUAAACAUUUAAGGGCAAUUUUCACUUCAAUUGAAUCAAAAAUCUAGUGCUAUUUCUUUGACUUAUAAUUUUUCAUUGGAACUUCUAAUUUUCAUGUUAUCAACACUUUUUCAACAGCAAGCAAUUUAAGGUUCAUUUAAUAAAAAUCAGUCAAACUGACAAUCUUGAUAAUAUAUAACAAUGUUUUAAAAAUAGCUUUGAAUGUUAUGUUCAUAAUUAAUUAAGUAUUAAACUAACUUUAAGUUCAGUUGGAGUACCUACAUUAUAUUUAAGUUAAGUUAUAUUUGUAUGAUUACAAAUCUUCGAUAGGAUUAAGUCAAUUGAGUAAUAUCAUAUUUCUAUGUAAAAUUCUUUUAUAAAUAAAUACCAAUAAAUAUUUUAUAUAGAA